AUGCAGCUUAUCAUACCGCGGCAGCGCAUUUCGACUUGCCACGAGGCUUUAUCCUUGUUUAUUGGACUGGCAAAUACAGCAUCUAGGAGGAUUGGGAGAUGUACGCAAUGCCGGCAUAACUCUUCAGCAUACCAAAAAGCCCCAACAGUCAACCUCCUGGGUAAAUCCUAUAACAAAGAUUCCUGGUACAAUAUACCAGCCACUAUACAAGGCGUUCUCGACCGUCGUCUUCAUGUUCAGCCUGACCACCCUAUCGCGAUAACCCGCUCGAUAAUCGAGUCCAAGUUUCCGUCGCCCACGUACAAAUACCACAACACAUUCUCUCCUAUAGUAACCACCCAGCAGAACUUCGACUCUCUCGGCUUCCCUCUCGAUCACCCCGGCCGCAGCAAAACAGACACUUACUACGUGAACGAGAAUACGGUCCUACGGACGCACACCAGCGCCCACCAAGCCGAUGUCUUCCGCGCCAACGAAAGCGAGGGCUACCUCAUCUCCGCAGACGUGUAUAGAAGAGAUGCGAUUGACAGAAGUCAUUACCCGGUGUUUCACCAGAUGGAAGGUGCACGGAUGUGGGAUCGCAAUACCGUUCCCGAGGGCGAUAUUACGGCUGCGGUCUGGAAAGAUAUUGCAGCUCUCCCAACCCACGAUAUGAUUAUCGAGGAUCCGAAUCCACAGACGCAUCCGGUGAGAAAUCCGCUGCAGAGGGAUCAUGCAAGAGAGGAGGCGGAAGCUAUUGCCGCGCACCUGAAGAGAUCGCUGGAGUUGAUGGUGGUAGAUAUUUUCUCGCGGGCGAAGCGGGCAUCAACAACUACUGAGUCGGCGGAGCCAUUGAGGGUAAGGUGGAUCGAAGCCUUUUUCCCAUUCACUAGUCCAUCGUGGGAAAUGGAGAUUCAUUGGCAGGGAGACUGGCUUGAGGUUCUGGGCUGUGGCGUGGUGAAGCAGGAUAUUUUGAAGAACGCUGAUGUGCCCGAUCAACUGGGCUGGGCUUUCGGCAUCGGACUGGAGAGAAUCGCUAUGUUACUUUUUGACAUUCCAGAUAUUCGACUCUUCUGGUCCAAAGAUGAGAGAUUCCUGGGACAGUUCCGAGGUCUGUCUGGGAAUAUGGAUGGUCUGAGACGAUUCACUCCGUUUUCGAAGUACCCAGUUUGCUACAAGGACGUUGCAUUCUGGCUGCCCGCCUCGUCAUCAGUGGCUGGUAGGGACACAGCUCCUGAAUUCCACGAAAACGAUUUGAUGGAGAUUGUUCGCGGUAUUGCAGGGGAUUCGGUAGAGGAUGUGCAGCUCAUUGAUCAGUUUACUAAUCAGAAGACGGGGAGGAAGAGUAUGUGUUAUAGGAUCAACUAUCGCAGUCUGGAGAGGACGAUGAGGAACAAAGAAGCGAAUGAGCUGCAAGCGAUGAUUGAGAAGGAGAUGGUGGAGAAGUUAGGGAUAGAGGUCCGGUAG